CUAUCCCAGGCCCUUGAUGCUGUUGAAGAGGUUCUCCACGGCCCUGUCGAAGAGCUCGCAUCGGAUGGGCAUGUCGAUGUCGUGGAAGGGAUUCUUGAGCACGUAGUCGGUGUAGACCUCGUACACCUGCUUCAGAAAACUGUCCAAUAUCACUGCUGGGAAGGUCGACGAUGCCACGGCAAAGAACUUCAGACCUGUGACCACACGCAGAUCGACGAGACUGGUCCCGCAUAUAUCACUCAUCCGCAGUGCAUGUCUGUCGGCUUCGUUUGCCCGUGUACCAGUGAGUGUUUCGAAGCACUGAAUUCUGAAUCCCUCAGCCUCGAUGAGGCUGAUGCCGGUGGUCUGGAGGAAGCCGAAGGGCAGCCGCUUGGAUGUGUUGACGGGGGAGAUCUGGGCUGCAAUGGCGCUGAGGCCGUGGAAUGUCGAUGCAAGCCGGAUGCGGUCGUUGGCCGUAAGCUUCACGUCAGACAAGAAAUCCUAACAGAUAGCACACAACAAGGCAUCAGACAGUCAGUCGUCAUGACUCUGUGCUUCUCUCUUCUGUUUUCACCUUUUGGUAGACCAGGCUGCCGUGUCUGUUGUUGAUAUAGAGCGUGUACAUCACUCGCGCAGAAAAUCAC